AUGUUCUUUUCCAAACAAGUAUCUACUACUCUUGCAUUCCUCAUUUUGGCUUCUACAACUGUGGAUGGGCGACGCCGAAGACCCCUAAUUACCAAAGGAGAGUAUGAAUUCGGUCAGAACGCAACCGAAGCAGAAGAAGCCGACUGCGCGGGCUCACCUGACUUUUCCUGCAAGUUCUCGGUACACCGUGAGGAAGGAGUCUUUGUCUGUCGAAGCUGGAUCAACAAGAAUGGUAUCGAACGAAAAAAGGUUGGAUGCUUCCCAUCAGAUCGAUCCAUACUAGGAACGGACGAGUGCGGAUGCUGCGGGAAAGAAUGUCCUACCAUAUGCAAUACAUGCACUUGCAAAACCGAACGAGGAAGGGCUGGAGCAUACAUUGUAUACGAAGGCAGAGAUGAACCUGUCUGCCGUUCCACAUUCAUCGCCACAAAGUUGGUCCACAGAGACGAAAGCAUUGCAUGCCUAGCGGACUGCGAUUUUUGA